AUGGCGGGAUCAGCUCUGCGACGACUGAUGGCAGAGUACAAGCAGUUGACAUUGAAUCCGCCCGAAGGCAUAAUUGCCGGACCCAUCGACGAGGAGAACUUCUUUGAGUGGGAAGCGCUCAUCACAGGUCCAGAGGGCACUUGUUUUGAUGGCGGAGUAUUCACAGCGCGAUUGACUUUUCCCAACGAUUAUCCGCUUUCACCGCCAAAAAUGCAAUUCAUAUCCGAUAUGUUUCACCCGAAUAUCUACGCCGACGGAAGAGUCUGUAUAUCAAUACUUCACGCGCCGGGAGACGACCCGAUGGGCUAUGAGUCGAGUGCUGAGCGCUGGUCACCCGUUCAGAGUGUCGAGAAAGUGUUGUUAUCUGUGGUGUCGAUGUUGGCCGAGCCUAACGACGAGUCCGGAGCUAAUGUGGACGCGGCUAAGAUGUGGCGCGAAGACAGACCACAGUUCUAUAGGAUUGCAGAUAAACUGGUCCGCAAAUCACUGGCUAUUAAUUGA